AAUUUUCUCACACGCUGGGUAACAUGUUGAAGUGGAUACUAAGCUUUCUAUUGAAAACUAGUCAUUAGUCAGUUUUACAGGUGAAUCCUUAUACAUUUGUAAGUAUUCAUCUGGCCGAGUUUCUUUGUUUUAAGGUGUGAAGUGUUAAAAUUGCGAGCGCGUGGAGGGCGCUAAAAACAUUUGCAAGUAGAGGAAGAGAAUGCGUGAUUUACAACUUGUAACAGAAUCUCUGAAAACGGUCGCUAACAGACUUCAUUAACACAACAUUUUGUGUGUGAAGAAUAUUUUAUAGCUCUCGUAGUUUGUGUACGAUGGCUGGAACAACUUUUGUAGGGUUUCUCAGCCGCCUGAUUGCCACAGGGGAAUUCAAAUCUCUACACGAACAGUUAACAACGUUUUUCGACGCAAGUUAUCGUAACAGUUGCGAAGAAAACACUGUAUUUUGCUGUGAUCUCAUCGAGUUACACGCCAAGCUACAGGGACAGCUGUUUUAUCUUCUGGAAUUGUGUUCUUCUGAAGGAGGAAUUUAUGGCGGAAGCGAAGCACUAAAGAAACGACUUUUACCUUGGCUUUGCAAUGGAUUUGUGACUGCAAGAAUCAUCCCGGAAGAUGUAGAGGUCGUGAAGGAAAAGUACGAGCUCAUGAUUAAAAAAAUGGACGAGGACUUGAGUGCCUCCAAAGUAGAAGCCGCGGAACUGAGAAUCAAAUUAGCGGAUGCCGAAGAUGAGGUGAGAGGUUUACGUCAACAGCUGCAAGAAAAUCAACAAGGAGACUAUCAAGAAAUCGGUGAAUUGCGUAAAAAGUUGACUUACACAAAGAACGAACUUGUAGCCAGGGAGUGCCAGAUAAAAGAACUGAACAGAGAAAUUCUUGAACUAAAGAGAGAAAACUCUGAACUACACGGGAGACUCCAGAAAAAGAUCUUCGAGGCUGUGGCGGAGCCGGAACCUGUUCGCCUGGUGACGAAACCCUAUGUCAAUGGUAUUGUACCUUACCAUUCCCGUUCUGCCAAGCUCGUUGAAAGAUUUGCUGAACUUUAUAAGAACGACAGGAUACAAGUAAUAAAUUCCUUGAGGGGCAUGUCUGAUAACUCAACAGCUGAACGAUUUGUUUUUUCAAUCGUCGAGGAGUGCUUUACAGUCAGCAAACUAGAACAGCACAGGAUGAGAACCCGGAUGAACCAGGCUUUACAAACCGGCCCCAAAGGUGAUCCGAAGGAGUCGGACAAAAUCAACGAGCUAGUUGAUAAUUACAUGAAAAAGAAUACAGAACUGUACGACAUUGAGACGCUAAUUCCGGACGUGAUAAAAUCGUUAUAUCGCAACUCAACAAUCGCACCUUACGUCUCGUGCAAUGAGAAAAAUAUCGUUCCUUUCGUCCGUGAGGUUCUACGAGUGGCCUGGGCCAUGAUAUCCCUGGAUCCUCCCAUUGACCUUCCCGCAGCGUUGGAAGGUGACGUCAUUAAUGACAUACGCUACAGAAGAACGUAUGACUCUGAAUUCAGUGCCACAACUAUCGAUUACUUUGUGUGGCCGGCUUUAAUCAGGGAGAGGAAGGUUGUUGCCAAAGGAGAGGUAGUAACUAAGCGAAUAUCACCACAGAGGACAAAAAAGGCCAUAACGAGCACCCCUCGCCCAGGAAGCACAGAGCCUUAUUCUCGUCCAUCAAGUUAUGACCUCGGCUUUGGUUCCAUGUCAUCUUCUUGGAGCGAUCAUUCCAGCUACAAGCACAGGUUCAGCACAUAGUCAUGUUCUGAGGGAUGUAAAGGGAGCAUUUAAGAUAGUAAUACUCUCCAUAUUGACUGGCUAUUUAGCUGAUGGACUUAUGAACAAUGAAAACAUGCAAUGCAAUGUCAUACAUCUCUGUAGUUUCUGUUAAUAUAUAUCUCUCAAUUUUUUAUCUUUUAUUUCACUCAUCAAAAAACUUUCAGAUAAAGUGUCAUAUGUUAUCAAUGUUGCAAUUGGCACUUUAAACAACUGCUUCAAAUACAAUUUAUGAAUCUCCUUUGUGGUUGUCUCAUGUGUGUCUGUCUACCUUGUCCUUUUUAAGUUAAAACAAAAUUUUCAAAGUGGUCAUAUGAUAAUUUGCCUAUUGACUGAGCACAGUGUGGUUCAUAUGUCACAACCUCAAGCCAAAUAUUUUCCAGCCCUCCCACUCAGUCAAUAAGUACAUAUUCUGUAAAGACAAAGCCCAUUAAA